AUGUCGGAGCUUCCGCAAUUUCUCCCGCAUCGUUGCUUUAUCGGAAUGCAUAAGGUGGUCGUACCGAAGCACUCUGGGGUUCAUCGCUUUGCUUGCUUGGCACUUUAUCGAACCCUUCUCCGGCAAUGUUCUCCUUCGAUCGGUAAUGCACCAUGGCUGGGCGAGACCAAAUAUCUCGCCAGGCAGAGAUUCCGCAGAUAUAAAAAUCUACAGAGCCCGUCACAGGUUGCAAAUGCUCUCAAGGCUGGCUAUCAGGCUCUGGACCUGCUCGACUCCGCUUCCAAGGGAAACCGGCAGGAUGAAGAUCAAAUUAAAUCAAUCCUCACGCAAGCAAAAUCCAUCAAGGAGAGCUAUUCCGCCAUGCAGAGGGAGAUCAGUCAAUCGAAGCCUCCGAGUCCUGUUAAACCUCUCUCCCGACUACAACUCAAAAAAGAAGAGACAAUUCGCCAUGAGAAGGAAACCAGGCUACGACAUCCAGAUGCCGAAUCAAUACUUUCGCGCCCACGACCGAAGGUGAACGGAAAGCGACAUGUGCCGGUUCUAGUCAAUGCCCGCGGAGUACCUUUCCUGCGUAUCAAAAAGCCGCAGCCAAGAAAUCUUAGCGGUGUUAUUAGAACGAAGCUGGAGAAGCGCUGGCAUCGUAUUGAAUUGAGAGAACGCCUGCAGGUGGAACUCCUAUUCGCCAAGGAUGAAGAUGCUUGGGACCAAAUCACAAACACUAAAGUUGGAGACCCGUCCUCGUGGACUACAAGCAUUAAGGCGUCCUUGGACGAUGUUGCUUCCAAAAUCAAACAAAUGGAUCAAGAUAAUCGAGAGAUGUCGGAACGCAUGUGGCAGAUUGUACUUGAUGAGCGCGAGCUGGCUGCAAAGGAAGAGAAGGAGAGACAGGCCGCGGAGGGAGAAGGCCCUACAAGUGGAUAA